CACACGUGGCAAGAAAUAUCCAGACAUUUCGAUUCCGAGAGAGAAACCUCUGGAAAACCGUAGAUAGAGAUGAACCAACCAACCAAACAAACAACUAACGGCAGUCAGGCAGGCAGUAUCUUAGUAUAAAUAAGGCUCCGCUCCAAUGGGUUGUCAACAAGAAGAAGAAGAAGAAGAAGAAGAAGCGAAAACAGAAGUCGACAAUCGUCUGGGUUGGUGGAUCAAGGUUGAACUGAUAACGGACUUAUUUGGAUUUGCGGAAUCGAUUGGUGGUACAUUAUUAUUUUGCUGUGCUAUUUUACUUUCAUAACUGUAUCAGUCUGUCUGUCAAUCCUCUAUUUCUUCAAGAAUAAUGUAUCCUGCAUACAUGUGGACAGAUCCUCAUCAUGCCCACCCAUCUCAUAUGCUCCCCCCUUAUCCUCUCCCACAACAACAUCAUGGUUAUGGUUGUUGCAACCAUACUCCUUAUUAUGGUGGCUGUCCUUACUCACAUUACACUCACUACCCUCCUUACUAUCCUCCUCAUGGAGUAUAUUCUCCCUUUCCAGCUCCUUACUCCCUUCCUCCACAACAUUAUUAUUAUUCUUCGGUUAACCACCCCAGCUACAAUUACCACAAUAACAACAACCAUCCUUGUUCUGCCUGCAAUCACAAGGAGGAUGACAAGGGACCGAGAGUUAACGAGGAGGAGGAGUCACAGGUUGACAACAAAACAAGCGACUCUCUGGUUCCUUUGUUUUUGAAAGACCGUCCGAUCAUGUGGGUUCCUCCUGGGUACAAUGAAUCCAAGGAAAGUGACAAGGAUAAUAAGUAUUCUCAUGAACCUGUUUUGGUAAAGCAUCUUGAACCGUCAAAAGACCACCCUGAUUAUCCGAUCAUGUGGGUUCCUAGUGGGUACGACAAAUCGAAGGCAAACGACAAGGACAAGUAUUCUAAUGAGCCUGUUUCGGUAAAGCGUCUUGAACCGUCAAAAGACCUACCUGAUUAUCCGAUCAUGUGGGUUCCUCGUGGGUACACCGAAUCAUCAGCGAAUGACAAGGGAAGGAAUUCUAAUGAUCCUGUUUUAGUAAAGCAUCCGGAACCGUCGAAAUGGGGUGGGAAUGGUGAACUGGCCCAAGAUGAACAGGGUGGGACUGGGGAUGGGAAUCGGUUCCCGUUUAAGAUAUUUUGGUUGCCUUCUAAGAAUGAUCAAGUGGGAAAGGAUACCAAGGAGAACAAUCUUGAUCUGGUAGCUAACAAGGGAUUGUUAGAUGAAAAGGCAACCAAAAAGGGUUCAGGCGGUGAGGGUGAGUGUGAGACUAGUAGUAAGCAUGCUGCCCGAAAGGUUUUUCCGGUGAAACAAGCGAGUACAAAUGAGGAGGCUAGUAGUAAGCAUGCUAUCCAAAAGGUGAUUCCGGUGAAACAAGCGAGUACAAAUGAGGAAAAGAAGAACCCGAGAAGUAUGAAUACCAAUUCAGAUUCUGUGGAGAAAACUGAUAAUGGGGGCAAGACUUCACCAAAGGCAUCCAAAUUACCACCUGUUUGUCUUCGUAUUGACCCCCUGCCAAAAAAGAAGAAAACUUCACGCUCACCUAGCCCUGGUGAUAAAGAAAGAUCAAACGGGUCGCCGGUUAACAGUCCAAAAUCUUCUCAGCAGCAGGCACAGGUCUUAAAGAAGAGCAAGGAGGAGCAAAGUGAAGGUGAUAUCAAAACCGUUGACCAUGCCAAUAAGGUCAAACAAGCUAAUCUUGCUGAACAUGCCGAUAAUGUCGAACGAGCUAAUCUUGCUGAUCAUGUCAAUAAAGUCGAACCAGCUAAUCUUGCUGAUCCUGCCAAUAAGGUCGAACAAGCUAAUCUCGCUGAUCUUGGCGAUGUACCAAGGGAAAAAGGAGAGGAGAAGAAGAAUAUGUCAGAACAUGAAGCGGCUUUGAUCAUACAGUCUGUGUAUCAUGGUUUUGAAGUGAGGAAAUCACAGCCGCUGAAGAAGCUAAGGCAAAUUUAUGAAGUUAGAAAAAUGGUUGCCGACCUGACAAAUCGUAUUCAAGACAUGGAAACAUGCCUUGAUAGUAAGAAAGCCGUUAUUAUCGGGGAGACCAUAAUGAGCCUUCUGCUAAAGCUAGACACCAUCCAGGGUCUGCAUCCAUUCGUACGGGAGGUUAGGAAGUCGGUUGCGAAGGAGCUCGUGGGUUUACAAGAGAAGCUUGAUUAUCUAACAUCUGUGAAAUCUGAAACCCCAAGUGAGGGAAGUAUGCAUCCUGAAGAUGAUGGGAAGCUUGAUCAGGCACAAGCCCAAACUGGUUUAUGUGAGAAUCGUGAACACAACGAUGAUGCAGAAGCCUGCAAGACCACCAAUGUUGAGCAGCAAUUGGAGAAGAGCACUGAAGGUGGUUCCAUUCAAGAUAGAUUCGAUCAGGCACCAACUGAAUCUGAUUCAGUUAUAUGUGAGAAUCAUGGAGUGGAAGUUACAGUCUCACAAGAAGGAUGUGAUACCAUUGGUGAGACACAUAAAGAGAAGAUUGAUCGGGCACCAACUGAAUCUGAUGAAGCUCUUGGGUUGUGUGAGAAUCAUGAAGUAGAAGCUUCAGAUACACAACAAGGCUGUAACAUAGUUGGUGAGCCACAAUUGGAAUCGCAUAAAGGAAAAAUCGAUCAGGCACCAACUGAAUGUAAUGAAGCCGAGAAUCAUGAAGUGGAAGCUUCAGAGUCGCAAGGAGAAGGCUGUAAUAGCGUUGGUGAGCGGCAACUGGAUGAGGUGCAGUUGGAAUCACAUAAAGAGAAGUUCGAUCACGCACCAACUGAAUGUGAUGAAGCGGUGGGUCUGUGUGAAAAUCAUGAAGUUAGAGUUACAGAAUCACAAGAAGGCUGUAAUACCAUUGGUGAGGAGCCAUCGCAUGAAGGAAAGUUUGAUCAGGCCCCAACCGAAUGUCAGGAAGCUCAGGAGUUCCAUAAAGAGAAUCAUGAAGUGGAGCCCACAGAGUCACUAUUGGAAUCGCAGAAAGAGAAGACUGGUCAAGCACCAACUGAAUGUGUUGGGUUGUGUGAGAGUCAUGAAGUGAAAGCCACAGAGUCGCAAGUAGGCUGUAACUGUAAUACUCCGCAACUGGAAUCGGAUAAAGAUCAGGAGGCACCAACUGAAUUUGAUGAAGUGGAAGCUACAGUCUCACAAGAAGGCUGUAAUACCAGUGCUGAGCUGCAUAAUGAUCAGGCACCAGCUGAAUGUGAUAGGCUGCAUAAGGAGGAUCAUGAAGUGGAAGCUACAACCAUUGGCGAGUCGCAUAAAGAGAAGUCCGAUCAGGCACCAAGUGAAUGUGACGUUGAAUCUAGAGACGGUGGUGUAGAAUGCAACGACGAUAUGAAGGUUGAAGAGUACACUGGGGAGGUUAAUAAGAAGAAGAAGCAAGUUGAGAGGGAAGAGUUGGUGAAUGUGGAAAGCAUGGUGGAGGAGGAGAAUGAGAAGCUUAGGGUGGCGGUGGAGGAACUGAUGAAGGCGGGGAAUGAACAGUUGGAGGUGAUAAGGGAGCUGACAGGAAGAGUGAAGGAGUUGGAGAAAAAGCUUUCCAAUUCCAAAAGCAAGAAGCUAAACAAGAAGAGCAGGAGGUCACGUGGUUGUAGUGGUAUUCAAAAGGAUUAUUAUAGCUUAUUAGUGUGAUCAUUUGUGUGUGUGUGUGUCAACAGUUGUUUAAUGUAUGAUGGAUAUUCAGAAAUAAGCAUGUUGUUUGUUUUUCCUUU